AUGCCUCUGCCAAGACGCCGAUCCUCCUUCCUGGGCCAGUCUGCCACCGAACGGCCCGGUGGCAUAGGCCGCAUGAGCGCAGGGAACACCACCGCACCCCGUGGCGUGUUCGUGGGCAUGGCUCCCACAAACGUGCCCACCCCCACGGGAGGCAUUAGCAGCCUGGGCACGCGGGUCUCCCGCAGGGCUCUGGGUAUCAGCAGCGUGUUCCUCCAGGGCCUCAGGAGUACCAGCGUCCCUGUGAUGCCCCAGCAUGGUGAAAGAGGCCACCAGCCCAGCUUCGACAGCCUCAACGUCUCCCUUCUGGAGUACCGGGAUAAGGUACACGCUCUGGAAGAGCUCAACCAGCAGCUGGAGGAACAGAUCCGCCACUGCCUGGACCGCAAGGCCUCCAGUGCCGGGACAUGGGGUGCCCUGAGACAGGAAUGGGAGGAUGUCUACAGACAGGUGAGUGAAGCCAUCCUAGACAAUGCCCGACUCAUGCUCCAAACAGAGAACGUGCAGGCAACCGCAGAAGACCUCAAAGACAGAUAUGACAACGAGCAGCCGUUCCGUAAAGCUGUGGAGGAAGAGAUCAGCUCUCUCUACAAAGUGAUCGACGACGCGAACCUCACCAGGAUGGACCUGGAGAAUCAAAUCGAAUGCAUGAGGGCUGAACUCAACGACCUGGAGAGGAACCAUGAAGAGGAUGUCAGAGUCCUUUAUAACGAGAUGGCCGGUCGAGACGCCCAGGAACAUGAUUCCCCCAUUCAGACCAGUCUGGACCAGAUACUGAGUUGUAUCCGCUCCCACUGGGAGAAAGUCAUUGAGAAAAACCGUGCUGAGACUGACUCUUACCUGGAGUGCAAGCAGGCAGGCAGUCUUAAUAGUAAACUGAGCCAUGAGGAGGAGGAGUUGGAGAGUCUGAAGUCAGAGUGCUAUGAUGCUGGCUGUAAGAUCCAGAAUCUCCAGGCUGAAACCGAAUCCAUUAGAGCACUGAAACGAGGACUGGAAAACUCUCUGAAUGAUGCAAAGCACUGGCAUGACAUUGAGGUCCAGAACCUGGGUUCCGUGAUUGGAAAGCUGGAGGCAGAACUGGCCGACAUCAGGGGAGACAUUGACCAGCAGCGCAGGGACUAUGAGACCUUGCUUAGCAACAAGACAAGGCUGGAACAGGAGAUUGGAACGUACCAUGGCAUCCUGGACGGGGAGGAGAGCCGAUAUUGUUGUUCACCCUCUGAUGGCAAAGCAGAAGUUGAGGGGGCAAGCUACAGUGGCACUCCCCAUACUGAUGGAUCUAAUCCAACUAGUUCCCCAGAGAGACAGUAG